CAGCACUCAGCAGUGUGGUGUGAGAGGUGAAGGAGAGAGGAAGUACGUCGCUCCAGGGUGGCGGCCGUGUGUUGUGGUGGCCGACCCGCGCUCUUGUUGCUUGCCCUUUGUUUAUUUAUCGCCAGUAAAUCUAGAAACCCCGAGGGAAAAGCGUCUAUGGUGGAACUUUUUGCUGUGCGUAAGGCACGAGGACCUAGCUGACGAUGGACGUGGGCGUUGAGGAUGCUGGAGGCGGUGAAGGUGUUGUUGAGGGUGGCGUUGAAGAAAGCACAGAGACCAACGCCCCCAAACCUGAGAGACCCAAGUUCCUGAACGUGAACACCGAGGACGUCCUGGACCAACCCGUGGGCUGGCAGGGAUGGGCCAAGGGCAUCGCCUUCGUCGUGAUGUGGUACGGGUCGAUACUGAUGGGGUUCUUCUCCCUGUACUGCCCCGCCCUGCCGCUGCUCUUCAUCUCCCGCCGCAUCUACAGGAGGACCACCGAGGUCGUCUUCACCAUGUGGGAGAGCUACGCCGUGGCGCUGAUGGAGGUGGUGUACGGGGUGAGGUUUUUCGUGUCUGGGGACGUGAUCAGACCCCAAGAGACGUCCAUCCUCCUCCUCAACCACAGGAACCGCCUCGACUGGAACUUCUUCUGGGGCGCCCUGGCUCACGGCACCUCCCCGCCAGCCCACAACUGUAAGAUCGUCCUCAAGUCCGGCAUCAGGAAGUUCCCGGGGCUUGGAUGGAUCAUGCAGAUGUCGUGUUUCCUGUACAUUCGUCGUCGGUGGGAGGACGACCAGCGGCUUAUGAACAACGUCCUCGACUAUUUCAGCGACAUUGACCACACGUUCCAGGUGUUGCUGUUCCCCGAGGGCACCAACCUCACGCCGGAGACGCAGAAGAAGAGUGAGGAGUUCGCCAGGAAGGCCGGACUACCCAGCCUCAGCAACCUCCUCCACCCCCGCACCACCGGCUUCACCUACCUGGUCAACAAACUGAGAAAUAGCGAGCAGCUCGACGCGGUGUACGACGUGACAGUGGCCUACCCGAAGACGCUGCCCCUCACUGAAAUAGACCUGCUUAAGGGCCGCAUGCCAGAGGAGGUCCACUUCCACAUUAAGAGACACCACGCUAGCAGUCUGCCGCAGACGGACGAAGGGCUCAAAGCGUGGCUGGGCGACGUGUGGGUGGAGAAGGACGAGCUACUAAGGACUACCCUCAAGCAGGGUCACUUUCCAGGGUGUACUGCUGCUGCCCCUCACCCACCCCUCAAUUCCUCCUACCUCUCCUUCCUCUUCUGGACGCCACUCACCAUAGGUAUGGCGUACCUGUUGUGCACGUGGUGGGUGGUACAGCUGUGGUGUUUCGCCCACACAGUGUUCUUCACAGUGGUCUCCUUCGCCACAGACGGCCUGCAGCACCUUGAGGUGUGGCUGCACCGCCGGGAGGAAGCGAGACUCAGGAAGCCACAAUGAAGCCACAACACAUUUGUAACUUCCAGUCAUCGAUCAUAAGCUAUAUAUAUUUUAUAUAUUGAGAGCUAUUUAUAAUUUGUAAAUACUGUAUAAAUAGUAACCAUGUGCAGAAACAUAUAAAAUAAACUAGUAGUGAAAAUACUUUAGUAAACGUAAGACUCGCUGGACUGCAAAAUUUAUUGAGAAAUAACGCAGCAGCAAGGACAACGGUAACCAGAAGUUCCACACCAACAUCUGCCUCACCUGUACCUAUUGUUGCCUUGAGAUAAUACACUAUGGCCAGGGGUAAACAGAGAUGAAAGGUGAGAUAUAUGUAGUGAGGAGGAGAGGCGGUAAUGUAUAGGCUGUUCCCUCGUCUCCGUCACCCACCCACCCAUCCUAAUUAUUGUAUUCACUGGAGAUAUACGACUAGAUGAAUGUAGGAAGGCCAAGUUACUAGGGGUUGUCAGGUCUGUUGAUUUAAUCUAUACUGCAAAAACUGACAUUUGAUCUUGAUGAGGUUAAUAUAAAACGCGUACCAGGUUCCUUGGGGUUAAAUGGUCAUAAUUGAAGUGACUUACACCUGUUCAGUGUUUUUACAGCUUAGGAUGUUUAUUCGUGCCAUACAGUAUAUAAACAGUUUAUCACAAGUGAACGUUUUUUACUAACUGACACCUGAAAUUAUCACCGUGGAUAGUAACUCGGGGCACACAUGAAUUUAUUAUAGUUGGACAUUUUUUUAAUCUAAUGAUGUAUCUCAAUAGGUGUCAGCUUUUCUCCUUUUCAUUCCAGCGUGUUUAGUGCACUGGCUUCAAGGUGCUGUACACUGCCACCAAUUCUAAGGCUGGCGCUAUGUGUAUAUUUAAUUUUAAUUAUGUGAUUCUAUAAACAUAUAACAACUGGUUCAUCAAUACGGUAGCAGCUGCUAAGUUGGAGGAAAACAACACAAAUGGCUGAUUAUAUUCAUUUACAAAGAUGCCACGUACUGUAAAUACAUUGAAGCAUCACACUACAGUAGGGCGUAGAGUGGAGUCAGGCUAUACAAAAGAUGGAAUUAUCAAAUGGCAAGUUUUUCUCUUUAAUUGCUUUUCUAUUAACACAACGAACAAGGAAGGUUUCUACCAGCGACACUGAUGCCAAUGUGAAACUCUGCAGUAUACAGAGCAUCACAUGAAUGUUGGUGAGGUGUCGUCUGGCGGGUACUCCCACUAACAAGUCGCGUACACUUUAGCUUGUAUACCAUGGUGAAGGAAAUAUGAAGACGGAUGAACUAAUUUUGCAUUAGAGGCGAGUGAUUCGAUGGUUAAUUAUUGACCGAGGCCUUAAAAGGCGUUCACUACAAGUCUACCAUAACAAUUAAUGUAUAAUAGGUAUCAAUAAUCUUGAUAAUGAAAAUACAAGAAAAUAUUAAGAAAUUAGUUAUUUGAAUCGUGCUCACCUAACCUAAAAAAAAGGUGCUUCUCUUUUUUUUUUUUAAAUUCCAGUUAUAAAAAGGUUUGAGUUCAAAUUUUACGGCAAAAAAAAACACAAUAACUAAAUAAUAUCCAGACCUGACAACCUUAGCAACAUGUUAUAUUAAUUUGUAUGAGGAGACUACAUUAUGUUUAUUCCAUGGAACGAUGACACUUGGCCACUGUGAACCUGCAGAAUGUACCGGCAGUAACCCAUGACAAAAUUUAAAGGUGCUUCAUCGCACACACUGUCACGUGAUCUGUAAGGUUGUGACCAUUUGGUGACCUGCAGCUGAUACAGACGUUUAGUCUCGAGUAUCGUGUAAUGUGGCUCGAAAACUGUCCACUCAAUCUUCACCAAAUUUUGAAAGACACGAUCAUGAGGAAACAAGGCAGGUUUUAAUACAAAUAUAAAAGAAGAGGAUAAAAAAUGGGACUAUUAGAUAACGCGGGACGCUAUUCUCAAGUCAGCACGAAAACGCCGAGUUACAGAAUUUUAUUUUCUAACAGUGUCCCAGUUUUUUCUCCAUUAAAAUUUUUCGUCAUUAGAACUUCUCUUGAUUCUACCGGAGUAUGACGGCAAAAUUUAGUGAUGACUGACUGGAUAACUUUUGGUUCAUGAUAACAAAUAUUACUUAUAUAAUGGUGUACAGUACCCCUAUGACAGAAGCUCGCCAGAUGACAUCAAGAUGUAAGGUGUGCAAGACUGUUGAGUUUGAGCACAUGGCCGCAACACCCCCCCUCUCCCUGUACCAUGACAUUGACCACCAGAUUACUUCAUAAACAAAUGCUCUUGACCUUCCUCUCAUAACUGCAUUACACCAAAGCAUCUUAGAAAACUCAUACUUACAGGCUAAAUGUUUUUUUUUUUUCACGGGGAAUAACCCACCCGGGCACAGGUCAUCGAGCCACAAUGGGGCCAUGCUAUUCAGAAAUAUAAUAAAUUACUAAGUCACUUCUCCAUUAGCCGGAACAAUUGGUGCAGAGCAAAUCUGGGAAUGAGAUUUUUUUCCAGGUAAUGACGACUCUCAAAUCCGAAAAAAUUACCCCAUCCCCAGAAAUUUUCCAGGUACCGGAAAAGUUCUUGGAAUUUUCCGGAAAUUGCACAUUAUUUCAUCCUCGGAAUUUGCUCCCAGACCCGGAAAAAAAUGAAGUUUCCGAAAUUUUCUCUGAACUUAACAUUUCUCGAACCCGGGAAAAAUCUCCCAUCUCCGGAAUUUGGUAAAAUUUUAGUUUUGGUCAUCCCUGUAUUUAGAUAUCCAAUGUAACCUAAAGUAACCAAACCUAGCCACAUAACUCAGGAACUAUAUUUAACCUAACUGGGAGACCUUUGCUCCCUAAGACUCCCCCCCUUUCUGGUGAGGGAUUAAAUUCCCAAGAUUCCCCAGAUGACUGAAAUUAAAAUAAUACCCCAAAUUUUUACGGGUACCGGGAAAAUUUUCUUGGAAUUUUCGGGAAAUUUGCCUGAUUUUCAUCCUCGGAAUUUAUUCCCAAACCCAGAAAAAAUUGGAGAGUUCCCAGAAAUUUUCUCAUAAUUGCCCCCCUUGGAAAAUCGUUCCCAAAUCUGGAAUUUGAAGUUUCGGAAAAAUUCCGAGCAAAUUUCAAUUCCGGCUAUCGGAGAGUUCUGGCUAACGGAUAUAUUAUUUGUAUGCUUAUAAAAUUCACAAACAUAUUAGUCAUUUAAGAGGGUUAUAUGUCAAAAUUUCUGUGAUGCGAGACAAUGAUGCUCUUUGGAAAUUUUCAUGACAUGUUGCAAGGAGAUUAACUAUUACUGUGACACCUAGCUUCGUACACAUACACAGUUAUAAAAACAAAGGCAAAAAUUGGUUAGUCAUAAUUAGUUGCACGCCAUAACCACAUACAUUUCACGAUAAAAUUAAUGCUUUCUUACCGCAUAAAACCGAAGAAAAAAAUGCACAAGCAAUACGUUUUGCAUAAUAUAAAUUUCACGAUUUGUUUUUCUCGAGAACACAAUUCUACGAGCGCUUCCUCUAAUGCUGUCAUGACUCCCUCCCUACUUUCCCGGUGGCUUACAUAGAAAUAUUUUUCCAAAUACGAUAAUUAUAGAAGACAUUUUUAUUAAUUUACAUCAAGUAAGGUUAGGAUCUGUAUAUUUGGUUUGGUCUGGUUGGUUAGAUUGGUUUAUUUUAUAAAUUAUAAAUCAUAUUGCGGCUGCCUGAAUGACUCCUUUCCUUUCCUUUUUUUAUAGAUAAUAAAAACUAAUACUUCAGGUUAGGUUAGGUGUGGUUUGGAUAGGUUAGGUCAUGAUGGUUUUUUCUUUAAUGUUAAACCAUAUACCAUCAGUAUCAUUAUCUGGUAAGUUGUUCCUUUGGUGUAUGAACAGAUGCCAAAUUUUUCAUUAAAUUGAAAGUUUGUUACACUUAAGGAAUCAUGUCACGUUCUAGCUGUUCUAUCAAUGCUCCAACUGUUUGACACGUGUCUGGCGAGAAGAAAGCUGAAGUCUUGCUUUUUGACCACGGUCUUCUAUGUGUCGUCACUGUGAUAUGAAAACAAGAUGGCGGCUGUAGAAUCAAGCAUCGCAUUACCUGAACCCGGAAAAAAUCGUAAAAUUCAAAUCCCACUAAACGUUUAUUGCUCGUGCUUGUUUCGUCGUUGUUAUGAGUUUAGAAAGCAUUUAUGUUCUAUGGUAUAAUUUCAUACAGUAGGUAGUUAAGGCGCGCAACUCAUCUUGACUAUUAAAGCAAAAUCUUAAUUAAAGAUAAGAAACAAUUUUAAUUUCUCACCAAUAACGAACACUUAACAACCUGAGUUCGUGUGUUCUCGCCCCACAACACAUCAACCUUAUUACAAACGUGAUGAUGAGUUUUGAGGAUCACUGUGAAAUAAUAUUUUUACAUACCGGUAUAAUCUUAUUUCUAUACGGCCCAAUUUCUUAAAGUUACUGUGAAUAAACAUUUCCUAAAA